AUGGUCCGUGGUUGUUGCUGGGAUCAUAGGCGGUCGGACAUUGCCACAGCCGGACAAGCUAACAAACCAAGGCAUACAACAAUCUUUUCCCGAGAAAAGGCAGAAGACCCUUUCUCGUUCAGGCGAAGCAUUGAUCAGAAUUGGCAUGUUUGCGAAAAUGUGUGUCCGCCUCUGUAUGAGCCCACUCGGCCCAGAGAACAAUGUGGAAGGCGGCCGGAUCUCGUGUACUUGGACGGACAGUCCCCUCAUUUCGGUGCGUUGGCCCGGCUCCCUUGUCCUUUCACCCACCCCUUUGUCUGGUGCUUUGAGACGACACGUACAUGGUUUCGUGGCAAUCUGUCUGUGGCGUUGCCGUUGGGCAGGACAACUCUUCCCAACAGGAUCAAGUGGACAGAUCGUGAAGAGAAUGAAGCAAGCCAGGUCUUGCCCCCAUCUUCCCCCCCCUCCCCAGUCGCAGUCGUCGGCUCCUUCUCAGGAGGCCGUGGCAACAGACUUCUGCAAAAAGACACCUUUCUUGAAGCAGUGAUUCGAGCAAACAUGUUUAAAAGUGGAGGGGGAUCGGGCUCAGGACGACGGUUAGACGGCGUCAUAGAUCUCUUUUAUGCUCUUUGCAAGGAUGAGGCCGAACACGAUGCCAAUCAGUUGGAAGCAAAUCCCAGCAGCCGCGAUGCCGAUGAUUGUGCCGAAGUUGUUGCGAAGCCAAUCGAGCACUGGCAUGUAACAGCCCUGAAGGGGUGA